AUGACCACAGCAACGCUCGUCAACAAAAACCAAGAUGAAGUUUUGCAGUCAAUAGAUUUCAAAGUCAUCGAAGCAAGAAAAAAGUUAGAUCUUCUUCAACAUGAAAUGAAUCAGAAACAACAACAAAUUUUGGAAUUCUCGAUAGCUCAGUCUACUCAACCUGCCAAAAUUGGAAGUGGUAUUUCGAAGCAAAUAGUACCGAACAGUAACACAGUUGCUUCUUUAGAGAACCAAAUUCACCGAGUUGAAAUCAACAAUAUGGAAGCGGAACAUUUAAGAAAGAAAUAUAAAACUAUUAAAAAUCAAUUAUUAGACGAAAGUGUUGGAUUUGAAUCGACGCUUAAGAAACUUGAAGAAAAAAUUAGCCAACAAGAGACUGAAAUUUCUCGAUUACAAAAAGCUUACGAAGAAGCGGUUAUACUUCGUAAUAUGACCCACGAAACUUUAGCUGAACAAGAGAAAAAUAUUUUGAAGGAGCAAAAAGCAAGAGAAAAUGAACUGGAACAAUUGAGGCUAAAAGUGGAAAACUACAAAAGCGAAUUGGAAAGACUAGAAAGACACAUGUAUCCAGUAAGAAUAACGAGACGAGAUUCGCAAUCUGGAAUCAACGAAGGCGAAGUAGAAGUAGGACAACAAUCAGAGUACUUGGAAAAAAUAUUUGAUACCUUGAAAGAAGCUACAGGAGUUAUAGAAAACGAAGAUGUUUUAAAACGAUUCUUAUCCCAAAAGGAUACUAAAGAAGUCCUUAUUAAAAUGAAAGCCUAUUCUGAAAACGAAAAAAAAGAACUUAUCAAGAAAAAAGAAGAAAUUACUGCGGAGUUGGAAACGCAUAAAUUUGCUGACACUAAAGAUCAGGAAAGAAAUGAAGAAGAAUUGGAAGAAUUACAAAAUGAGAUACAAAAAGAAACCGAAAAUUUUGAACAAAUUCAUGAAGAAUGCGAAAAAUUACAGCGACAGAUUACAACGAUAAUGGAAAGAAUCCAUACGUGUUGUCUAAAGAUGAAAGUAAGCUUCUAAUUAUUAUCCUAUAGGUACCUACCUUAAUAUAUUUUUCUUCACUGCUUUUGCUUUACUGUAUAGGUAUUCCUAAUUUUCUAAGCUAAUCCAAAGUUAUUACUACAUACAUAUUCAAUUAUAUUAAA